CCUUUUAGGCCCAGCCCCUGUUCCCUGGCCCUCGUGUUUGCGCAACCAGUCUGCAGCGUUGGGAGUCCAAUUCACUAGCCCCUUGUUCAUACCACCCCUUUCAGCCCUGUCACGGCACCUGUCAUAUAUCGACCUCUACCCCAGCGCGCAUCCACUCUUCUUUUCUACUAAAUAUUCAGCCUUGCAAUAGACGCGCCUGCGCCACAAUAUCAGUCUCACAAACAGCCACCUUGCCGUGUCGCCAACCGCAGCCAUGACUACCUCCAUGACUACCUCAACGCCAACCACAACCUACCCCUAUUCAUACACCACAUUUACCAAUGCGUCACCGGACCCCUUCACGACGCCAACGGCCAUACCUUCCAUGUUCCCAUGGGGCGGUCUCCCAUCCAGCGCAUGCCCCGCUCCAUCCAACGCCCCCUCGUCUGACCCUGACGUGCCCUAUGUCCGCCCCGACGGCAAACUCGGCAGCUGCGUAAUCAGCAACGUGGAAUCCGUCAACGACCACUCCUUCUGGGACAUGUACGACUGCUGCAAGACGGGAAAAAUGACCGCAACCGGCGCUACCUUGCCCUGCACUUCCAUUUGCUAUGCAAACGAGCAGCGCAGUUUCCUCGAGAUUGGCGAGUGUCUGAGUAAGAGGAAUAAGAUUGUUGUAUGCAGUCCGCCCGAGGAUCAGAGGGGCGAGCCCAAGAGUUCCGGUUCCGGUUCGAGCUUGAGCUCUAGCAGUGCGAGCGCUACUAAAGCGGAUACUACGAUCGUCAGCGCGAGGCCUACGGCGACGGCGGCCCAGGGCGCGGCGAAUACGGUUGCAGGUGGGCAGGGCGCGGCGUCCAAGGCUGGGUUUGUGGUCUUUGGCCUCAUAGCAUUGUCGUCUGCUGCGGGCAUGCUGUUGUAGUCGUGGUGAUUGAUUGAUUGAGUGGUGAAUUUUCUAGUAGAUUGUUCAAUGUAUAUAAUAUCAGUUCCGUAGGGAUCAGUCUUGGGGGGGGGGUUCAAAUUCCUUCUUUGUCUAGCUCCUUGGAUUAAUUUUGGAUAAAUAUAUGAGAAAUUAAAGGCAUCUCGACAAUUGUUCUUUGCUUCACCUCCAUCUCUUCACUUCAUACACGUGAAUACAGUGCUAGGACGGAAAAGCCAUCCUCAUCAUCUAACGUACAUGUCCAUCUGUCGCCAGUC